AUGGCUGCGGCCUCUGCUGCCUCAGGGAGCAUCUUCCGUCAGCAGCUCCUUUUCUGUCUCCUGGUUGUAAUAUUAUCUUGCGAUGCUUGUCAGAAAAUUUCACUUCAAGUUCCUUCUCAUCUUCAGGCUGAAACACUUGUAGGCAAAGUGAAUCCAAAAGAAUGCUUCCAGUCAGCAAGCCUAAUCUGGUCAAGUGAUCCGGACUUCAGAAUUCUAGAAGAUGGUUCCAUUUACACAACACACGACCUCAUUUUGUCUUCUGAAAGGAAGAGCUUUUACAUUUUUCUUUCAGACGACCAGAGACAGGAACAAAAAGAGAUUGAAAUUGUAAUGGAUGUGAGAGGAAAGAAGGUUCCCAAGAAGAGACACACCAAAGACGGGGUUCUCAAGCGCAGCAAGAGACGAUGGGCCCCUGUUCCCUGCUCACUGAUGGAGAACUCGUUAGGUCCUUUUCCGCAACAUGUUCAGCAGGUCCAAUCUGAUGCAGCGCAGAACUACACCAUCUUUUACUCCAUAAGUGGACCAGGCGUGGACAAAGAGCCCUUCAAUUUAUUCUUCAUAGAUAAGGACACGGGAGAUAUCUUUUGUACACGAAGCAUAGACCGUGAGCAAUAUGAAGAGUUUCCACUCUAUGCCUAUGCCACCACCGCCGACGGCUACGCGCCCGAGUACCCGCUCCCCUUGCUAUUCAAAGUUGAAGAUGAUAACGAUAACGCUCCAUAUUUUGAAAGCAAAGUGACUAUCUUUAGUGUGCCUGAAAACUGUCGAACUGGAACUUCAGUGGGACAAGUGACUGCCAUAGACCUCGAUGAACCUGACACCCUACACACUCGUCUGAAAUAUAAAAUCUUACAGCAAAUCCCAGAUCAUCCAAAGCACUUCUCCAUACAUCCGGAUACAGGUGUCAUCACCACAACUACGCCUUUACUGGAUAGAGAAAAAUGUGAUACAUACAAGUUAAUAAUGGAAGUGCGAGACAUGGGGGGCCAACCUUUUGGUUUAUUUAAUACAGGAACAAUUACAAUUUCACUUGAAGAUGAAAAUGACAACCCGCCAUAUUUUACUAAAACAGCUUAUUUUACAGAAGUAGAAGAAAACAGAAUCAAUGCUGAGAUUUUACGAAUGGCGGUACAUGACCAAGACUUACCAAACACUCCUCACUCAAAGGCUGUAUAUACGAUCCUACAGGGAAAUGAAAAUGGAAACUUCAAAAUUAGCACAGACCCAAAUACAAAUGAGGCAGUCUUGUGUGUUGUCAAGCCAUUGAACUACGAAGUCCAUCGCGAGGUUGUUUUGCAAAUCGGUGUACUUAAUGAAGUACAAUUCACUAAGGCAGCGAACUCAAAACCUCCUACUAUGUCCACUACAACUGUCACUGUUAAAGUUAAAGACAGUGAUGAGGGCCCUGAAUGCCAACCACCAGUAAAAGUUCUUCAGAGUACAGAUGGCCUCCCAAUUGGAAAAGAACUCCAUGGAUACAAAGCAUUGGAUCCAGAAACACGCAGUGGUGAAGGCUUAAGGUAUAAGAAGAUAGGAGAUGAAGAUCACUGGUUUGAGAUUAAUGAACACACUGGCGACUUGACAACUAUAAAAGUGCUAGACAGAGAAUCAAAAUUUGUCAGAAACGACCAAUACAAUGUCUCCGUGGUUGCAAUGGAUGCAGCUGGCAGAUCUUGCACGGGAACCCUGGUAGUUCUUCUGGAAGAUGAUAACGAUCACCCACCACAAAUUGAUAAAGAAGUGACAAUUUGCCAGCAGGAUAAGGAUUUUGCUGUUCUCGAACCUGUAGAUCCAGAUGGACCUGAGAAUGGUCCACCUUUUGAAUUCUUUCUGGAUAAUUCUGCCAACAAACUUUGGAAUUUAGAAACAAGGGAUGUGGAUCCUGUGGUGGCGCAAGCCACUAGCAUUACUUUGGCCUCCUGGCUACUUCUGGGACUUGUCGAUGCGACUGUGGCUUUGGCGCAUGUGACUCUGAAGUUUCUGGAUUUUCCUCAGUGUAUUCUGUUUACUUGUUUCUGUGUUACCGCUAAGAGAACAGUAAAGAAAUGUUUUCCAGAUGUAGCCCAGCAAAAUUUAAUUGUGUCAAAUACUGAAGGACCUGGAGAAGAAGUGACGGAAGCAAAUAUUAGACUGCCCACACAGACCUCCAACAUCUGUGACACAAGCAUGUCUGGUGGCACUCUUGGUGGUCAAGGAGUCAAAACACAGCAAAGCUUUGAGAUGGUCAAAGGCGGCUACACUUUGGAUUCCAGCAAAGGAGGUGGACAUCAGACCUUGGAAUCUGUCAAGGGAGCUGGACAGGGAGUGACGGACACUGGCAGAUACACCUACACUGACUGGCACAGCUUCACCCAACCUCGGCUUGGCGAAAAGGUGUACCUGUGUGGACAAGACGAGGAGCAUAAGCACUCUGAAGACUACGUUCGGUCGUAUAACUACGAAGGAAAAGGGUCUGUGGCCGGCUCUGUGGGCUGCUGCAGCGAUCGGCAGGAGGAAGAAGGGCUUGAGUUUCUUGAUCAUCUGGAACCCAAAUUUAGGACGCUAGCAAAUACGUGUGUCAAGAAAUAAAUGUGCGUUUUAAUGCAGAAACAACUACAAAUGUAUAUGCAGGAGUUUAGUGAAUGUAAAAUGAUAGCAGCAUCUGCUAAUAUAUUCGUUUAUUGGAGGUAAACUUCGAGUCAUGUAUAGAUAAGGAUUCUAUAAAUAUGAAACUCCCCUAAAUUCUCCCCGUCUGCUAUAACUUCCAUGUUCUCUAGAGAUAGAUGUUUCAUGUGUUAAUUUUCUUUAAUACGCAUGUAUAUAUUGCCCUUUGCAGGACUUGUGCUAUGUGCUUUCUUGCCUCUUCUAUGUAGAAAUUUAUGUUACUCUGUAUGCUUUGGAAGUGUAAGGUGCGAGGGCUGGGUAUUGCAGAGGAAAUGAAAAUUAAAUAUUUUCUUCAACAACCUGGGGAGGUUCCCCUUAGAAAUGCUCUUAGAAAUAUUGUCUUGGCUGCCAGAGAAUUGAUUCCUCUACCUGAGAGGCUAUGUAUUGAAGGAUUUUUAAGUGUUCUUUGGUUACAGUCUUCAGUUUGGUAAAUAGGUGUUAAUUUCUUACUACACUUUUCACCCUGUGGAGGUGUUCCCCGCACGGCUUGCUUUCAGGAGCCUGUGGCACUUGGUCCUCGGAUCUCUGCCCAUAUGGAUGCAUGGUCAGAUUCCUACAGCUUCUAGACUGGGGGAAGGACAGGACCAGAAGAAGCUCAUGGCAAUUUGAGCCACAGAGAUGUUGUAAGGAUCAGAUGGGAGGAUGUACUGUUACCUUUUUAAGAUAUAAAUACUGUGCCAAGAACACGCACUCUCUAGUUUGACAGAGGCCCACAAUCUUCAAGCAUUUGUGAAACCAGCCUGGAAGGCAUUAGACUUGCAGCCCUUAUCCAUGGUGCUUAGACCUUUAAGUAUGCCAAAAAUCAAAUGAGCAUCCAUAAUAGAUAUAAGAUUUAAUAGAUGGAGGCAGAGAUGAGAGGAAAGAGGGAAGCCGGGUUAUGGAGCCAAGAAGGUCUUUUUUGGGGUCUGCAGUCCCCGGGCGAGGUUCUGUGACUCUGUACCGGGCUGAGUCAGGGAAGUCGCGCGCCCAUAGGCGAUGGGCCAGGGAUUUUUAAGGGUGAGGGGUUUCAGGUUUGGUCUUGAAGGGCUGAUUACCAAGUAAGGGCAUUUUAGGGUCACGGCGGGAUAGGAUAGGUUGCCUGCCUCAUCGGGGUGGGAGAAAACUGGAGCUUCAUGAUUGGCUGUUUCCAAAUGGGGCAGGACAUCCCAGGUCUGCUGG